UAGCGCGCUUAAUUAUUAACAAGACUGUAUGAGCAGCAUCGAUGAAUGAAUCCUGUUGCGCAGACCGGUAGCUUUCAUUGUAAAAGCGUCGAUAGCUACCAUAUAGUCAGUCAGUUUCACGGGGUGAACGUCGAUGCGUGAGUUUCGCCAAAUAUUCUUUUUUGUAUUUAGGCUAAGAAUUGUAACCAAAAAGAUUGUGCGAUAUGAUAAUAUUUGGACAAUAUGAUUAGUAUUUUUAUUAAUGAAGGUAUGCUAAAGAAUAUGCAAAAGAAGAGAUGUUUUCGAAACGAAAGCGACGGUCGGUAAAAUCUAAAGGGAGCAGGCGUGGACUGCGAGUUCAAGUCGGGCGUGGGGAUGAACUCUACGGGGAAUGCGAGAGGGAGGAGGACUGGGGCGCUUCCUGUGGUUGGCACUAGCCUAAAAAAGCUCCAUAAACAGAAUCGCGGCCGAAUGUCUUUUCAAUGCAACGAAAAUGGUGAAGUGUGGGAAAAAGUGGGCAUUGAGUAAAAGCUUCGACAGCUCGAACCAUGACAGAGGCGUCGGAGGAUGGUAACUAUUUAGUGAGGGUUCGUGCCCAGGUAAUGACAAGGGAUGAUAGUUCAGGUGGUUGGGUUCCUUUAAGUGGCGGUGGUUUAGCAAAUGUUUCGGUUAGACGAAGACCAACUUCUUCAGGUGGACAUCAGUCUAAUAAUACCAAUGGAUCUGGUAUUUCUACUACGACUGCCUCUACUACCAACACUACACAAUCUGUAUCUACUACAAGUAUCACUAAUGUCCAAAGUCAUGGAUCUUCUAAUAGUUCUCCACCUGGUGCAAAAAAAAGACAUGAAUACCUUAUUUAUGGAAAACGCAUCACUGAUCAAUCAGUUGUUCUUAGUUGUACAAUUAAAAAAGAUUUUGAAUAUAAUAAGGUAAUGCCAACUUUUCAUCACUGGAGGACAGGAGAGAAAAGAUUUGGACUUACAUUUCAAACAGCUGCAGAUGCAAGAGCUUUUGAUAAAGGUGUUCGUACAGCUGUUGAAGAAUUACUAGAAGGACUGACCAAUUCAACAUAUGACAAUUCAUUAGAUGCUGGUGAUGAGGAUGUUUUUAUGACUUUAAACUUACCUGUGGAACCACCAGAAUCACGUCCAUCAUCAGAUACUCCUCAUGGAAUACGAGUGCCCAAUUAUCAAUCCCAGUGUUCAGAUCUUCCUGAUUCCCAUAAACCUAUUCAUUAUAUUGGUGGACCAUCUAUAAAAGUGCCACCAUCUCAGCAUCCUUUGGCAACAACUGAAGAUGUUGGAUCGGAUAGCUACUCUUAUGUGCAGCUCACAACACUUAAUCAUGAAUAUUUAUAUCCUAUCAUCGGUGAUCAUAAAGGAGAUCGAUUAAAUAGACAUAAUACCAGCAGUUCUUUGAAAAAACCAGAUAUUAUAGUAUCUCAACCUUCUAAAAAUACUAUGAAACGUAACGUUCGAUUACGAUGUAAACAUUGCCAAGAAUUAUAUACAGAACAACACAAUCCUAGAGGAUCUUGUGAAUAUGCACCUGAUCCUAUUAGACGAGGAAUCGCAAAAAUUUCAUGUCUGUCCUGUGCUCAGGGUAUGUUAUAUCACUGUAUGAGUGAUGCUGAAGGUGAUUUUGCCCAAAAUCCUUGCAGUUGUAGUACAGAAGAAGGAUGUGGACGCAGAUGGUUUGGUUUGGCAUUAUUAUCACUGAUCGUUCCUUGCUUAUGGAUUUAUCCUCCAUUAAGAGCUGUUCAUUGGUGUGGCACGUCCUGUGGCAUGUGUGGAGGACGUCACCAUCCGAUGGAAUAACUGGAGGAACCCUUUGAUAUCUCUGCUCCAUACUCAGUUCAACCUACUACUGAAUCAACUAACUUUUUUUCAUCACGUGGUGCUGUGGCUAAUGUGUAUGAAUGUCAUGAUCUGAGUAUGGGUCGAUGUCAGAGGUAUCAAAGGGGUAGACAGCUUCCAGUACAUGCACUUAUCCAUCAGCGUCAUCUUUGAAAUAAUUUAUUUCAAACAAACCAAAAAAAAUAUGAGCACAAAUUGUCGCAUUUAGCUCUGAAACCAUGUAUAUUCCAUACAUUUUGUAUAUUUUAUUAGCAAAUGCAUUAUUUAGACACAUCUGUACAUUAAACAAUUUGGAAUGGA